AUGUCUCAAAAUCUUUACAGCACUCACACUAAUUUGAGGCCUCAAAUUCAACAAAUAAAACGUGAUCCCGAGCAAGAUGUACCCGAGAUUUUGCAAACGAUUAAACAAUCCACAUUGAGAAAUCUUUUGUUUUUCCUUCUCAUUUCACUCGCUUAUUCAAUUGGAUCGACUUUCUAUAUCGUUUUUCUCGUUUCAUACUGUAAA